UAAAGAGAGGAGCUUGUCGAUAGACGGAGACAUAGCGGGGAGAGAGAGAGAGAGAGAGAGAGAGAGAGAAUGGGCAGCCUAGCUGAUGAAAAUGCUAAUGGCUUCCAUGUCAAUGGUUACAGUAACACACAAGGAAAGGUCAUCACUUGCAAAGCUGCUGUGGUAUGGGGACCUGAAGAGCCCUUUGUGAUCGAGGAGGUGCAAGUUGACCCUCCUAAAAAAAUGGAAGUUCGGAUCAAGAUCGUCUGCACUUCUAUUUGCCACACCGAUCUGAGCGCUUGGAAAGGCGAGAACGAAAUGCAACGAGCCUACCCCCGUAUACUAGGUCAUGAAGCCGCUGGGAUUGUGGAGAGCGUCGGUGAAGGAGUUGAGGACAUGACCGUUGGAGAUCACGUGGUCCCCAUCUUCAAUGGCGAAUGCACUGACUGCAAAUACUGCAAGUCGGAGAAGACGAACCUUUGCAAUAAGUUCCGUGUAAAUCCGUUCAAGAGCAUAAUGAUCAGCGACGGCAAGUCAAGGUUCUCUACAAGGGAAGGAAAACCCAUCUACCAUUUCCUUAAUACUUCGACUUUCAGCGAGUACACAGUCCUCGACUCAGCUUGCGUCGUUAAAAUCAACCCAAAGGCUCCCUUAAAGAAGAUGUGCUUGCUAAGCUGCGGCGUUUCGACUGGAGUUGGAGCUGCUUGGAACACUGCUAACGUGCAGGCAGGAUCGACGGUGGCGGUAUUUGGUUUAGGUGCAGUCGGCCUUGCGGUUGCUGAAGGUGCACGACUGAGAGGUGCAUCGCGAAUUAUAGGAAUAGAUAUUAAUCCGGAGAAAUUCGUUAAAGGAAAAGAACUGGGCAUCACGGACUUCAUUAACCCAAAAGAGUGCCAGAAACCCGUGCAUGAGGAAAUAAAGGAGAUGACAGGAGGCGUGGACUAUAGUUUUGAAUGUGCAGGGAACGUAGACGUGCUCCGCGAGGCUUUCUUAUCUACUCAUGACGGAUGGGGGUUGACCGUAAUUUUAGGCAUUCACCCAACGCCACGUAUGCUGCCUUUCCAUCCAAUGGAAUUCUUUGACGGGAGGAGACUCGUUGGAUGCGUCUUUGGAGACUUCAAAGGAAAGACCCAACUGCCGGCUUUUGCGGACAAAUGCAUCGAAGUGGGAAUGAAUUUGGAUUGCUUUAUCACCCACGAGCUCCCAUUUUCUGAGAUUAACGAAGCGUUCCAGCUGCUGGUCCAAGGGAAAUCCUUGAGAUGCCUGUUACAUCUUUGAACACGUGCGAUUCUCUCGUA